AUGAACAAACAAGCACUUUUGAAGAAGCUUUCCGCUGCUAAAAAAUCAAAGCAACAACCGGAAUUGUCAACUCAAUUCCAGAAGAAGCGUUCUAAAAAAGAUUCAGAAAGUGAUGAUCAAUAUAGCAGCAGUGGUGAUGAAUCAUCGGAUCAGGAAUCAAUAAUUUCUGCAAACAAGAAACAUUUAACUUCAAACAGUUCUGCUGUGAGAGGCGUAAAGAGAGACCUCGCUUCUUCCUCUGUAACAUCAUCAACUUCAUCUACGACUGCUCCUAAAAAGUUGAAAACAUCAUUCGCUUGGAACAUUGACCACCAAAAAGAGAAUGGAAAUUCAGAGCAGCAAGAUGAUGAUGAAUCUGCAAGUGAGGACGAUGAUGAAGAACAAGUUGAAAAUGAUAUCGAUGAGAGAGCCAAAACUCAUCAUCAUCACCAUGAUGUUCACCAUUUAACUGAAACAGAAAUUGCAGAGAUUGAAGAAAGUCUUCCUAAUAAGGCUCCAACGAGUGAGGCAGAUUUUGAACGUUUGGUUAUCGGAGAGCCUAAUAAUUCUUAUUUAUGGAUUCAAUACAUGACCUUCAUGCUCAAUACCUAUGGUUUUGAAAAGGCAAAAGAAAUUGGUGAAAGAGCAGUUAAUAGAAUACACUUUUCCUAUGAGAACGAGAGAUUCAACUUAUGGAGUGCUAUUUUAAGUUUAUAUGUUUCGAAUAACAAACCAAAUAUUGAAAAAGUGAUUGAAAAGGCUCUCCAAGGGUCUUCAAAGCCACAGAGUAUUUAUUUACAAUACGCAACAAUUCUUAACAAACUUUACGAGAAGAAAAAGCAACGACUUGACGAAGCAGAUGAGGAAGCAGCCGAAGAAAGCGAUGCUGACGAUGAAAACGAAGUGAAAAAGAAAAAAACAAGUGAGCUUGAAGAUCUACUGAAUAGAAUCGACCAAGUGUACCGAAAAGCUUGUAAAAAGUAUAGAAAUGAGAAGAAAGUGUUUGAAGAGUAUGAACGAUGGUGUAUUUCAACUUUAAAAGACAUCAAGAAGGGCGAAUUAGUGUUAGAAAGGUCACUUAAGGUUUUUCCAAACAAGGAACAUAUUUCUCUAAGAUGCAAAUUUGCAAUUCUUUUAUACAAAACUGGAGAAAAUAUCCUAGAUGCAAGAAACGUGAUGGAGAAUAUCAUACAAAAUCAUCCAAAGAGAUCUGAUGCUUGGUCUAUUUAUCUGGAUUGCGAGCAACAACAUACCAAAGAUGUCAGGUACAUUAGAGAAAUCUUUGAAAGAGUUUGUCAUCUCACAACGCUUUCCACUAAAAAGAUGAAAUCUUUCUUGCAGAGGUAUCUGAAGUUUGAGACUCAAUAUGGUGAUGCUGAUCGGCAAGAGCAUGUUAAGAAGAUUGCCAAGGACUUUAUCCAAAGCAAACUUCAGAAAGCUCAAACUGUGGAUGCCAAUAAUUAA